GACCAUGGGACCAGAAGAGUGUCAGGACAUGGAUACACAUCCCAGAAGGAAACCCUGAGAAAGCCUACAUACUGCUAGACUGGUGUCUAAGACAGAAACAAACCCAGUUACUGGCCACAUGGCUAUUUCAGAACUUAAACCAAAACUUAAACUGAAUCCUCUAAAUGCACCUGUCUUCCAUAGCAAGAGGGAUAAAGAUUUGCCAAGAUCCUUUCAAUGCCAUUUACAACACAAAGAAAAGUUGAGCCCAUCACAAAUGGAAGCCUUCCAAGAUGUCUACAACUUCUUCAACAAGGAUAAAACUGGCUGUAUUGAUAUAAAUGGGAUGAUGAGCACGUUAGCUAAGUUAGGAAUGAAUCUAACCAAGCACGAUGUCUAUAAUGAAUUAAAAUGUGCUGAUCUUGAUCGAGAUGGAAAGGUGAACUUCUCGGACUUCUUAAGGGUACUGACAGAUAAGAACCGCUUCCUCAGGGCUGUGGUUCCAGAAAAGGAAAUCUGUUUAAAUUUAACUGGCAACCCAGGAAUCCUAUUAUUUGAAAUCCUAUCAAAGCUUAUAGAGACCUCAGCUCUAUCCAGAAAGACUAUUAUGGACAUAGUAAGCUACUUCCGAAGAAAAUUCCAGGAUAUCAGAGCAGAAGUAUUGUGGAGUCCAAAUGCUAUGGGUUAUGGGAAAAGAAGAUUUAAGCCAGAGAUGUGCAUGACUUCAGGCUCAAGCACAGCAGCCUUUGCUAAUGCCGCUCGAAUUGCAAUUACAAGUGAAAGGGAUUUAUUUAAAUUUCUUGCAGAGCUUAAAAGGUGCAGGUCCCCUUCAGAUAGCCCAUACUCGAAAAUACCCAUCUUUCCAUUGUUUCCUAAUAUGGAUGGUACGGUAAUGGGAAAACCUUUCGAAGACAUACAGAAAUUAGAAAUGCUACGGAGAAAAGAGCCUCUGAAUUUCUUUGAGGACUACUUUUUCCAAAAAAGAGACUGGAAAGCACAAGCAGCAAAUGUAAAGCCUAUCAACCCUCCCUUGAGCUACUCAGAUGAAAUUCUCCUUCUGGACCAAAUACUCAAGAAAAAGCAGUCCUGGACAGUGGCUGAUGUAGCUGCUAUUAAACAGCAGGUGAAGAGAGCUAGAGAUAGUUAUCAUUUAGGAAUUGCUGUUGAACACCAGAAAGGAAUGCUCGACCUCUGGCAGAAGAUAAGAGGAAAUUUGAUUGGAAUAGAGACUAAAAAUGAGUCUUUUUAUGAAACUUUUUCUACUUAUACAUGGUCCUGGAAUGUUUGCCAAGAAUUACUUUCUCCUAAGGACUUGAGGUUGUACGAUGCCUAUAUGAACAGAAAUUCCUACCCCCACUCUGGAUUUUUUUCCUCAUCAGAUAACAGUGAAUGUGACUCAGAGACAGAAAGAAAAAGAAAACGGAAAAGUUUCAAAGGGUUUCGACAAUGAAAUUUCUGUGUUUUCUAACAGCUCAUCGAAAACUACUUUUUCAUAAUUAUCAAAAUUAUGGUUUCUUGCUUUACUCUUGAACAUUCUUAGCAGCUGGAAACUUUGACAUCUUUUGCAUUCCAACCAGUA